GUUGGUGUUGAUUUCUUUGCAUUCGGCAGUGUAAUGAAUUCGAUGUGGUGCUGUCUGUAAACUCUGUGUUAAAUAACGUGCUAAGCAAACGACGUUCUAGUGCAAGUUCCGAGCUGUAGCCGUGUUACCGUUGUCUUCGGGAAAUCAGGGACACCGUUUCGUGCUCGUUCGAACAAAAGCCCUGUGCGGAAAUCCAUCUCAAGUGCUUCGUGAUUCGUGAUUUCCCACAAGAGAGAGAUGGCAAUCCGUUCCCUACGGUACAUGGCCAGCGUCGGUGCCAACGUACCGAAACCUGUGGCGAGCAUUGGACUGCAGCACCAGUUCGUGGGAUGUAACAACGUUGCAAAAUGCAUCCCGGCUCAGCUAGCUGCAGGACCUAGCAGCAAUAAUUGGCCCGUACAGAGUGUACGAUUCUUCAGUGCACUGCAGGGCCAGCCCUCCAUCAGCGAACCAAGCAAACGGUUCGAUCGGAUCGUGGCAGAACGUAACAUCUGUGCUCCAAAGGUGCACAUGAUGGUAAAUGCUCGUACGUUGGCUACGCAGGAAAUCACCCGCAGCAUUCAACUGUUCACCGAUAGGCCAAGAAACGUCGAAAAGGAUCAGCAAACUCUGCGGCUGAAGGAACAGUGUGAUAAGCCUGUGGUGUUGAUUAUCUCCUGGCUGAAUGCUCGCCAGAAACAUUUGGCCAAAUAUGCCCAACUUUACAUCGAUCAAGGAUUUGAUGUGUUCGCAACACACAUCACACCGUGGCAACUCCUGUGGCCAGUUAAGGGAACACAGUUGGUGGCGGGUGAGAUUGUAAAAUUUCUGAAAAACAACGACUUCAAGAAUGGGCUCAUCCUGCACGGUUUCUCCGUCGGAGGAUAUCUGUGGGGCGAGUGUCUGGUGCAUAUAGCGCGCGAUCUACCGAACUAUCAAGUGGUGCUAGAUCGUGUUAUUGGUCAAGUUUGGGACAGCGCAGCUGACAUUACCGAAAUUUCGGUCGGUGUGCCGAGAGCGUUGUUCCCGAAGAAUCCAACUCUGCAGAGUGCACUGAAAAAGUAUAUGCUGUAUCACAUGAAAGCGUUCCACGAGCCGGCAACAUCGCACUACAUCCGGUCGAGCCAGAUGUUUCACACUAAUCUGUUGCGCUGUCCGGCUCUGUUUUUGAUGUCGAAAACCGACCCCGUCGGUACGGUAGAGGCCAAUACCCGCGUCAAGGACAGUUGGGAACAGAGCGGUGUUAAGACGACGGUCAAAUGCUGGGAUCGUUCGCCACACGUCGGUCAUUUCAUGAAGCACCGCGAGGAGUACAUCGAUGUGCUGUUCAACCAUUUGCGGCAGCUAAAUCUGCCCAGCCUGAAGCAGGAUGCGCUUCUACGGGCCAAACUGUAAGCCACCGUCACCAUCGUUCCACACGCGACGCACUGUGAUACUUACGAAAUGACGUGUACCAUUGGCACGUGUGCGUUGUCUCCGAUACUGGAAGGAGUGGAAACAAACAAAAGCCGAAAAGCCAAUGCGACGAAGCGACAGAUGAAAAUUAUGCAAAAAAGUGAAGUUUAGCACAUUUGGGGAAGCAUUAUGGGAUAUUUUAAAACAUUAUAAUACGUUAAUGAACAAA